UUAAGCGCUCAGUUUCGUGCGAACUCUGGGAGAAGCUGCACCAUGAUGUGGAGAUUCCUGGUUCUGCUCACGGCACUUGGCGGAAUUCGAACAUGGGCUGCCAAGCUGGAGUUUUCCCUGAACGAGGGCAAUGCCUGUCCCGAAAUGCCCAACUAUCCGGAGAGCAGCUGCAAGUGGAACUGCUCCGCGAUGAUCGAGAGCCACGUUCUCCGAAAGACGCUGACGCAUGGGAGUGUGGUGCACUGUAAUGUGGCCGAGGAGCUCGUCUGCUGCCCCAACCAUCAGCCUCAGGAUCCUUUAUCUAACAAGCUACAGGCACUUACUCACUCCGCAGCAGAUUCCGAUCCACAGCCAGAUCCCCAAAAGACGUAUCCCCACAUGGCAUCGCUGCGCUAUCUAAAUCCCGUCACCCUGGACUCGUAUUUGUACCGAUGUGCCGCUCUGGUCGCCAAGGAGAACUAUGUGCUGACCUCGGCCUAUUGCGCCGGCUUGGAAGACGUCAUCCAGAUGCCAAACCGGGUCCGCCUGGGUCUUGUGGCUCCCUUCAAGGAGGAGCUCGUUAUCAACGGUAGCUUUAACUAUAACAGCGAUCUUGUCCUGUUUCGGCUAACCCGCAAUUACAGCAGUGAGGCCAUUGCCAAGAUCUGUGGCCAGCAGGAUUUGGACAGCUCCCGAAAGCUGAUGGCUGUGGGCUUUGCCCAAAGGAAUGGUGUCAACUGUGAGUGGUUCGAACAGGAGGUCUCCUUGAGACCCUUUAGCACGUGCAAUAUAACCGUUCGAUCAGGGAUGCGGAGCGUGGAAAGCCAGACCCACUUUUGCGUCUACCCCAUCCACAUGCCGGCCACAACGAGAUCGGGAUCCUGUUUCCGUUGCCUGCGUGCCGGAGCCAGUGUCCUCCAUGCCGUCCAGGCCGAUGGAAGUGCUUGUGUGGCCGGAAUCGCCACGCCCACGGGCGGCAAGUGCUAUAAGUCCGGAAACGCGGAUCUGUACUACACCAGUCUGGUCAACGGAAACGUGCUGGACUUCAUCAACGGCAGUCAUUAAAUAAAUGUGCAUGAUCGAUAA